CGUCCACUCCGGUGGUUGAGCGAGCUGGUUAACUCCGCCCUCCUGGCCGCCGGAGGAGCGGUGCCCGCAGGACGCGUCACCAGACCUCGCAAGCAUCUGGAUUGGCUACUGUCGGUCCCUGUUGCAGGCAGGCAGCCGACGCGCAGCUCGUCCCGACAUUUGGAGAUCUACCACGUGGUUCGAACGAGGCGCUGUGGUGAAUGAGCGGAUAAAAGCCUCGACUCGUAACACUUGACUCUCAGGGGAGAGUGUUUUAAGAGUUAUUCCCAUGCAGGGUCGGUACAGGGCAGUAAGUGUUCUCCCUCCCUCCCUCCCUGCCUGCUUCAUGUGAUACUGAUCUGUCACGGACCGGCAAACGGGUGCACUUUAUUUUUCCUUUUAUGCGAGGGAGCGUUGUUCACUUGAUAACAUGUCUCUUUACCGAAAUGCCGUCUGGUUUUUGAACGGAAUCCACCAAUAUACAAGGAAGGGAUAUGAGGCAGCAUCUAAAAACUUUGAGCCCCAGGACCUGAACGUGUCCGUCGUGGGAAGGUCUUUUAUGGUAACCGGCGCCAACAGUGGAAUCGGCAGAGCAACAGCCAUGGCAAUAGCCAAGAAAGGUGGGACAGUCCACAUGGUGUGUAGGAACAAAGAUAAAGCAGAGGAGGCCAGGGUGGACAUCGUCAAUGAGUCUGGGAAUAUGGAGGUAUACAUCCAUAUUGUGGACCUGUCAGAGACACGCAAAGUUUGGGAGUUUGCAGAGGCCUUCAAGAAGCAGUAUCCAUCCUUGAAUGCGUUGAUAAAUAAUGCAGGGUGCAUGGUGCACGAGAGAGAGGUGAACGCUGAGGGACUGGAGAAGAACUUUGCCACCAACACCAUGGGGGUGUAUAUCCUUACCCAGAGUCUCAUUCCACUUCUACAUAAGAGCCGGGAUCCACGAGUGAUCACUGUGUCCUCAGGAGGCAUGCUGGUCCAGAAACUCAGAGUUGAGGACUUGAUGUCAGAGAAGGGCUACUUUGAUGGCGUUAUGGUCUACGCCCAGAACAAGAGACAGCAGGUGGUGCUGACGCAACAGUGGGCCAAAGCCAACCCUGUCAUUCACUUCUCUGUGAUGCAUCCAGGUUGGGUAGAUACGCCAGCUGUUUCCAUAUCUAUGCCUCAGUUCCACCAGAUGAUGGGGGAGAGACUGCGCAGUGUGGAGCAAGGAGCCGACACUGUUGUGUGGUUGGCCUUGUCUAGGGCUGCUGCCAGAACAAAGAGCGGGCAGUUCUUUCAAGAUCGCAAGCCUAUUCCUGCCCACCUGCCUCUGGCCUGGACUCACAGUUCUACUCAAGAGAUCCAGAGUUUCAUGACUCAGCUGGAAAGUCUGGCCAGAGCAGUUCAGUCACAACCUGAUACAGAGAUCAACGGUCCCCUGAGCCCUUCCACACCUCAAUUUGUCUAAAUUAUGAUAUACAGUAUCUGUUAUACCAUAUGUCGUUAAAUUAUUAGUAACAAUAAGACCAAAUACUGGAAAAUGUGACACAUUUAUCAUAUGUAGUCUUAUGAACCUCCUAAUUCUGCCCAUUCAUUUUUAAAGACAGCUUUUAGGACAGGUCAUACCGCCGUGUCACCUGAUUUGAACUGUGAUGUCAACAUGUGUUAACUGGUCUGUUUUUUGCACUGAAAAUGUCAAACUACUGAUUUAAUAAGUAAUUGAUUUAAUAUUGAGUAUAUCAAUAGCAGUUACUGAAUGCAUGCAAAAACAUGCCUGUCUGCUAUCGAGAUGAUAAAAAAAGGGUGUUGCUUACAUCUCAGAA